AUGGACCGUCCUCCAAAGACGCCUGCGCCCUCUCGCUUCCUCCUCGGCAAGAAGCAAUCUCAAGCCAAUGCAUCCUCUCAGCGCAUCCUACAAAACCAAGAAACAUCAGACCAAGACCUGGCACAACAAAUUGCAGCAAGCGGAGCGCCGAAGUUUCACUCGACUCCGCGUUUUCAAGCCGGUGCUUCAUCGACGCCAAGGCCGUCAUACCGGACCUCUACGGGCUUGUACUCUACACCAUCUGCCAUAGCAAGCUCCGUCAAAAGUCGGACCAAUGUUCCCGAGAGACGGAAUCGACCUACGCUGGAGUUCAUCGAUGACGAUCUGCUACCUGGAGAUGGAGAAAGUUCACCCUUUGCCCGCUUUCCCGGCUCGGUGACACGGCCAGGGCAGGCGCCAGAGUAUCCCGAGCCGAUUGAGUUCGACUCUUCGUUCGUUUCACAGUCGCCGAUCAAGGUCAAGGAGGAAGAUGUGGAUGAGUUGGACCAGGAACGGUCACACAAGCGACGUCGUCUUUCACCGGUUAUCGACCUCGAUAUUGAAGAUGUGGAGGCUAGUAGUCCACCACUUCCCGACGAGGGUGAAUGCGAAGGUGAUGAAGUGGACGAACUCAUUGAUGAUGCAGAGUCCAUGGUUGAUGAGGGCUCUUCGCCGUCGAGGGGAUUGGAUACUGGCGGUGAUGUGAUCAUCUCAAGUCCACUUGCUGUCACUGAUAGCGACCUCGGAAAGGACGACGAGAGCGUUGCUGGCAGUCACUCAAGCGAACCUCUCUCUUCACUACCGCCUCAUGUCAUUCGUUCACAUGAGUACCACAGUGAGUCUGAGGAGAACCCAAAGAGCGAAGACGAGGAGGAAUACAAGGAAGAGAAUCAGGACAGGAACCGAAAAUCAGAGCGACUCGACGAAAGUAAUGAGGGCCACACUCCAAGGCCAGAUCCAGGAUCGGCCCCCGAAGCGGAACCAGACACAGAUGCAGAAGAUCACGACCCCGAACGCAGAGGUCAAAAGUCAAGGUCAGCAUCCAUGAAGCCCCACAACCCCUUUCUCAGAGCACCUCGCUUCAAACCCAAAUCACCUGGACCUCCUGAUCCUCCGGCAGGCCUCCCUGUUCACCACACCCUUCUUCCCGACAUAUUCUCGCCCCAGCGUCGACGCGGCGCUCGAUACGUUCCCGGAGGACUGGCAUCUGAGCUGCGAGAUUGGUUACUGGAAGUGAAGGGCGGUUCUGGAACCGAACCAACCCCGGUGGCAGCAACUGCCCAUCUCGCGGUCGAAACGAUAAACAAGUGUGGAUCUGGGAUCAGUAUGACUCUGGUAACUGGCCGGCCGAUGAUUGGUGGUCCUGAUGGAACGAAAGUAUCCAAGAGUUUUAGGGCAUUGUUAGCUGGUGAUGGGAGGAUGGAGGGGCUUAGCGGAAGUGGUGCUGGUGUUGAGAGCAAGCCGGAAGGAGAGGAGGAAGAUGCGAAUGGGACGGACAGAAAGCCGCUGGUACCCGGCGCUAUGGUAGCGAUCGCACCGCCUGCUUGGGAUAUUGACUUGGGCGAAGAAGAAGAAGACGAUCAAGGUGAUAAGGGCAAGUGGGCGGUUGCGUACCGGUGGGAUGUGCUUUGA